CGUUGCUUGGAGUUCCUAUCUGAUCCUUCAGCCCUGAGAUAUUCCAGAAAAAUUCCAAGGUAGUUUGGUACUUUAAAAAAAAAAGGGGGGGUGGGAGAAUUAAUGAAAGAGAAGACGAUGAAAAUCUACAUUUUUUCCAUCACGCUUGCUCUGGUUUCGGGUCUAAGGAACACCACAACUAGGCCGGAGGAAAUAACAGCGGGCGAUAAGACGACAGCCGAACCUGAGUAUGAAGUCUAUCAACCCCAAGACGUUUCCCGUGACUGCGAACGUAACCCUUGUAGAAAUGGGGGCGUGUGUUUCAGGGAAUGUGACCAAUGUUCUCAGCGCUGCGUCUGUCCUGCAGAAUUCACGGGGACACAGUGCGAAGUUGAGGAGAACUUUCUUCUCGGACAGAACCAUCUGCCUCUGCAACCACCUUUUCAGAGGGAGGCACUGCAACGUGGCUCCAAGUCAAAACUGCUAUCGGGGUAACGCGACCGAUUACCUGGGCCUGGCCAAGAAGACCAUUUCUGGAGAUGAUUGUCUCCCAUGGACCUCCCACCUCUUCUCCUACGAGGACUCUCAAACAAGUACGGUGCAGCUGGGAUUGGGCUCACAUUCCUACUGCCGAAGUCCAGAUGGGGACGAGCAGCCGUGGUGCUAUUUCAUUAAGGACGGCAGGCUGUCUUGGGGAUACUGCAACGUGUCAUCAUGCC